UUUGGAGGCCUCCCUUCCCUUAUCUGCAGAAAAACCCUAGGCAGCUCGCCCGCCUCCGCCUCUGUCUUAUCAACGAAAAUGACUCAAGAAGCCGUGAACCCGAAGGCGUACCCUCUUGCUGAUGCGCAGCUGACAAUGACGAUUCUGGAUCUUGUUCAACAGGCUGCCAACUAUAAGCAGCUUAAAAAGGGUGCCAAUGAAGCAACCAAGACCUUAAACAGGGGGAUUUCUGAGUUUAUUGUGAUGGCUGCAGAUACGGAGCCUCUUGAGAUUUUGUUACAUCUCCCUCUGCUUGCGGAGGAUAAGAAUGUGCCCUAUGUAUUUGUCCCAUCAAAGCAAGCACUUGGCCGAGCAUGUGGUGUCACUAGGCCUGUAAUUGCUUGUUCUGUGACUACAAACGAAGGAAGCCAGAUGAAAUCUCAAAUACAACAACUCAAGGAUGCCAUUGAGAAGCUCAUGAUCUAAAAGCUUUGUGGAACUUGGUACUCGGUGUGAUAGGCCUCUUGGAUUGUGGUGGCCGCUCCUUUAGGCUUUGACUGAUAAAGUUGUGCUACUAGCCAAGCUUAAUGUUUGAUGUUUAUUACUGUUAUUUUGUCAUGUUGGUUUAGUUUGCAAGCUGAGAAAGAAAAUCCUUGAAUCCCUAUUUUACUAGAACUCAGUUUUGAAUGAUGCUUUAUAAACUCUUGCUUGAGCUUGUUUAAUUUGUUUUCUUUAAUUUGAUAAAUUCAGCCUUAUGGAGGGUGUUUUUACAUUUUAAUCAUGGAGUGACCAUCCUGACCUAAUCUUGUUAUAGGGGCUCAAAAGAGACUAAAGAGUAAACAGUCCCUCCAUAAUUCCAUACUACUAGUUUACAGGGAAAAUACUAAAAAUAGUCCAUUUCAAGUUGUCUUUAUGUUACAUUUAAGUUUUUCUGAUGAUUCAGUUGGCUUUUGUGGUUAAUUUGUAUUGUAGAGGAUUUAUGAUGGAAUUAUCAUCUGAUCCUAGUUAAGGAUGUUGAUGUGACGUGGUUUCUUUUUCUUUUUCUCUCUUUUUUUCUGCUUUGCAAUUUGUGGGGAAUUAUGGUGGUGGUGCUCCUGCACAACCAAUGGGCUGAUAGCCCAGGUGAGGUUGCU